GUCCCCCACUGCUUCCCGAAGAUGGCGGUGCCGGGGAGCCAAGGCGCGGCACCCCCUCCCCGUUCUGGGGCCGUGCCCCCGCCCCGCUCCCAUGGGAGCCUCUCCGGCCGCUGCUGCCCGACCGUACUCCUUGCCAACCGCCUUGCUCAGGCCGAGCACACUCUGCGCCGCCGGCGCGUCCCGUUCCUGGGCCUGCGGCGGGGCUUCUCCCGCCGUCGCCCAGGCGCCGCCCCCGGCGGAGGCGGUGCCGCCCCCUCGCCGGUCUGGGGCCAGGCGGCGGCUCUCGGCAGCGACCGCACGGCGGGCGGGAGCUAUGGCGACGGUGGAGGAGGCCGACGUGUUUCUGAGAGCCCGGGGCAGGACUCUAACCACCUUCCGCCAAGUUGAUGAGUACCAAUGGAAAGGGCCCUUCUACUUCAUUCAAGGAGCAGAUCCUCAGUUUGGACUGAUGAAAGCUUGGGUGGUUGGAGACACUAACAAUGGAGAUGAUGAAUGGGUAGAAGAAAUCAAAUUAGCAGAGCAAGCAGUGCAGGCCAUUAACAAACUAAACCCUAAACCCAAGUUCUUUGUGUUGUGUGGAGACCUUAUCCAUGGAAUGCCAGGAAGUCAAUGGAGAAAGGACCAAGAGCAGGAUCUAAAGAAUGUUCUGAAGAACACUGACCAGGACAUACCACUCGUAUUCGUCAGUGGCAAUCAUGAUAUUGGCAAUACUCCAACAAAAGAAACAGUAGAUAACUAUUGCAGGAACUGGGGAGAUGACUACUUCAGCUUUUGGGUUGGAGGCGUUUUCUUUCUUGUGCUGAAUUCUCAGUUAUACUUCGAUUCUUCCAAAUGCCCUGAGUUAAAGGAAGCCCAGGAUGUGUGGCUCAAUGAGCAACUGGCUGUUGCUCAAAAACAUAAAUGCAAGCAUAUUAUAGUAUUUCAGCACAUCCCUCUGUUUCUGAAAAAACCUGAUGAAGACCACAAUUACUUCAACUUGGAAAAAUCAGUUCGUCAAGAGAUAAUGGAAAAGUUUCAUAAAGCAGAAGUGUCAAACACAGAGCUACAACUCACCUGGUUGGAGAGAGAAGGACAAUCUGGUAAUUCAGGUCUUGCCAUGAACAAAGAAAUUAAUGUGGGUAUUAAAGCUGUAUUUUCUGGACAUUACCAUAGGAAUGCUGGAGGGUCCUACAAAGGACUGGAAAUGGUGGUUUCAUCAGCAAUAGGAUGUCAGCUGGGAGAAGAUACGCAUGGGCUUCGAGUGGUUGUUGUCACAGAUGAAAAAAUCGUUCACAGAUACUACAGUUUAAAUGAACUGAACAGCCAGGGCAUAGAGACAGAGCUGCUAGAUAUGCUUGCUAAGCAAAACUAGGCUCUAUCAAAGGAUGUGAUUUUUUCCAUGUUAGACGAAUAGAUUCAGCUUCAGAAAGUUUCCCCGAGCUGAAGGGAUGGGUUUCUGAUUGUGUACCAUGCCCCAGAACAGCUCUCAAUUUGUUAACAUCCUAAGUAAUAAGAAAGUUGUUGACAUGUUUCUCCUUUUGAAAAUGAGACCUGUGAGGAAUAUGAAAGAGCAGCAGAACUAAUAGGGUAAUGUAUCAUUGCAAGAACUGUUCUGAGAAUUUUCACUUCAUUCCUAGAUAAGACUUUCUUGUUAGAGAGAAAGUGUGUCAAAGAGUGAGAGUUG